AUGACGGGCAGCUGCCAUGCCCACCCGGCAUUCACAUGGGUGCUGGGGAUCCACAUUCCUGGUCUGGGCCACUCUGCCGAACUGGCAUUUGCUGUGGAACCGAAUGAUGACAUUGCAGUCUCCGGGCAGCCCAUAGUGCUCGGCUGCAAAGCGGAGGGGACCUCUCCAGUAAGAGUCACCUGGAGGAAGAAUGGAGUGGAGCUGCCAGAGGGUGCCCACUCCACCAUCUUGGCCAACGGGUCCUUGCUGAUCCCUCACUUCCGGCUGGAGCAGGGAGACACCCCUUCUGAUGAGGGUGACUACGAGUGUGUGGUUCAGAACCGCUUUGGGCUGCUGGUCAGCCGGAAGGCUCGCAUCCAGGCUGCAACCAUGUCUGACUUCCACGUGCACCCCCAGGCCACUGUGGGUGAGGAGGGCAGUGUGGCCCGCUUCCAGUGCCAAAUCCACGGGCUUCCCAAGCCCCUGAUCACGUGGGAGAAGAACAGAGUCCCCAUUGACACGGACAAUAAGAGGUACACGUUCCUGCCCAAGGGAGUCCUGCAGAUCACCGGACUGCGGCAAGAGGACGGUGGCACCUUCCACUGUGUGGCCUCGAACAUUGCCAGUGUCCGAGUCAGCCGCGGGGCCAGGCUUACUGUGUCACGCUCAGGCUCUGGGGCCUACAAGGAGCCGACCAUCCUUGUGGGGCCUGAGAACCUCACCCUGACCGUGCACCAGACCGCGGUGCUGGAGUGUGUCGCCACGGGCAACCCGCGCCCCAUUGUGUCCUGGAGCCGCCUGGAUGGCCGCCCCAUCGGGGUGGAAGGCAUCCAGGUGCUGGGUACAGGCAACCUUAUCAUCUCAGAUGUGACUGUCCAGCACUCAGGCAUCUACGUCUGUGCAGCCAACAGGCCUGGUACCCGGGUGAGGAGGACGGCCCAGGGCCGGCUGGUGGUGCAAGCCCCGGCGGAGUUCGUCCAGCACCCGCAGUCCAUCUCCAGGCCGGCUGGGACCACAGCCAUGUUCACCUGCCAAGCCCAGGGUGAGCCGCCUCCUCAUGUCACGUGGCUGAAGAAUGGACAGGUGCUGGGGCCAGGAGGCCACGUCAGGCUCAAGAACAACAACAGCACACUGACCAUCUCCGGAGUUGGUCCUGAAGAUGAGGCCAUCUACCAGUGUGUGGCUGAGAACAGCGCUGGCUCGUCGCAAGCCAGUGCCAGGCUGACUGUACUGUGGGCAGAAGGCUUGCCCGGACCCCCUCGGAAUGUACGGGCCGUCUCUGUGUCACCCACGGAGGUCCAGGUGUCCUGGAGUGAGCCCCUGGCCCACACUAAGGAGAUCAUUGGCUAUGUGCUACAUAUCAGGAAGGCUGCUGACUCCCCCAAGCUUGAAUAUCAGGAAGCCGUCAGCAAGAGUACCUUACAGCACUUGGUAAAAGACCUGGAGCCCUCCACAGCCUACAGCUUCUAUAUCAAGGCCUACACCCCAAGGGGGGCUAGCCUAGCCUCAGUCCCCACCCUGGCCAGCACCCUGGGUGAAGCCCCCGCCGCACCCCCGCUGUCGGUGCGAGUGCUGGGCAGCUCUUCCUUGCAGCUUCUGUGGAAGCCCUGGCCCCGGCUGGUCCAGCACCACGGGGGCUUUAAGCUUUAUUACCGCCCAGCCAGCGCUGUCUCCUUCACCGGCCCCAUCUUGCUGCCCGGGACUGUCUCCUCCUACAACCUCAGCCAGCUGGACCCCAGUGCUGUGUACGAGGUGAAACUUCUCGCCUACAACCAGCACGGGGAUGGCAACGCCACGGUCCGCUUCGUGUCCUUGAGGGGAGCCUCUGAGAGGACAGCCCUGAGCCCCCCAUGUGAUUGCCGGAAGGAAGAAGCCAUCAACCAAACGUCCACCACAGGCAUCGUGAUUGGCGUCCACAUCGGGGUCACCUGCAUCAUCUUCUGUGUCCUCUUUCUCCUGUUUGGCCAAAGGGGCAGGGUCCUCUUGUGUAAGGAUGUGGAAAACCAGCUCUCCCCUCCUCAGGGUCCCCGGAGCCAGAGGGACCCUGGCGUCCUGGGCCUGAAUGGGGUGGGCCGGGGAGACCGGGACCAGCGAGGCCGAGAUGAAAAGUGUGUGGACGUCAAGGAACUGGAGCAGCUAUUCCCCUCCCCUGGGGUGGCAGGGCUGCCGGGCACCAGACCCACCGAUGCCACUGGCCCUAACCUGUGUGAGGAGACCCAGCUCUCCAUGGCACCACUUCAAGGCUUCAGCAUUGUGGAGGGGAGGAUGACAGAAUCCAAAACCUCCUGUGCAGACGCCCUGGCUGGCCCACCAUCCCAUGACGUAGGACUCGGCCUCCUCCUGGAAGGACAGACGGCCCAGCCUGCGGCCCAGGCUUCUCAGCCAGCUUGCUCCAGACAGUAGACAGUUUCCAACGGGCAGUUCCUCAUUCUCAGGUCAAAAGAAAGAUUUCUCCCAUGCUGCGGGAUUUGGAUGGUCCUGGGGGCUAACGAAUGCUUGACUGAAAAACAGGGUUGUCCAGACCCUCAGAGCCAGCAGGUCCCCACAGGAAGGAGCCUCUCCCCCCACCCCUGCCCUGGCUACCACUGUCCCAUCGCCACUGCCUGCUGCUGCCCACGUGACUGGGAAAUGAACUGAAUUUUUCCCUUGGAACUCAAAACUUACAAAUCAAAAGGAAAGAAAGAAGAUUGAGAGGAAGGUGAAUCAGACUCCAAAAAUAUGUCCCUGUGGUGGCUGGACCCUUGAUAUUGUCACCCUGCCCUGACCCUGCUUUCUCAGGAUGGAUUUUUUGCUGUGUUGGCUCUCAGCACCUACCUCAGCCGGAAUGAAUGUCCUUAGGGGUAAUGGGGUGGUAGCCUCAGCACCCCCCCUUUACUCCACAGAGCCCGAAUGCACUCCUACCUCAAGACCCUUUAUGAACCCCACAUAAUUGCCCAGAGUUUAAAAAAAAAGUAAAGUUUUUUUUUUGUUUUUUUUUUUAAGCACUUACCCAUUUCCAAGUGUGAAGAAACCCAUCUACCUCAAGCCUCAAGGCCCACUGUGUGGGCCUGUGUCGUCACUGGACUCUCCUUCAAACCCUCCUCCUUCCCUGGCCUGCCUCACCCCUAGAGAGCAGACUGAUGUUAAGUGACCAAGGGGCCCUACAGAGAUAGAGAUGAAAUUGGUCAGAGCGAAAAUGUGAAACAAGCCAAAAACCAGAGGAAAAGUUGUUCCUUGAAGUAUAUAUAAAUUGUCCCAAACUUAUUCCCCUCCCCAUAUGCCAACUGCAUUCCACCUCCUGUGUCUGUCCACCCCUGUUCUGACCCUCUUGGAUAACCCACUGGACACUGGGAUCCCUGCCUGGACCCGGGGGGGGGGGGAUGUCAUACCAAGGCCUGCCCCCCCCCACCCCACUCAGACACAGGGCUUGGAGCGGGUCUUUCAGAAUGUAUUGCGUGUGAUGUGUGUGUGUGUGUGUGUGUGUGCGCGCGUGCGUGUGCAUGCGUGGCGUGUGGAAGUGGGUACACCCCUGGCAGAGGCAGCCCCAGCCCUGUGUGUGUUGGGAGCCAGGUAACCUGACUCAGCCGCUGGACAGUGGAAUGACUGUGUUCUGUCAGCGGAGGUGGUCAGGACUUAUUUUUAUACGAGGUGUGUUUACUUUUUGUUUCUCUUUUCUGUUCUAUUGUUCGUUGAACUACUUAGCUUAAAAAAGAAGAAGAAGAAAGUAAAAAAAUAAAUAAAUAAAUAAAAUACCAAGGAGACAAAUACCUAUUUUUGGUUACACUCAGAAACAUUUUUUUAAAAUAGCAGAAGGAAAACUUUUUUUUUAAAUAAAUAAAUAAGUAAAUAAAGAUAAUUGCAUUCCUUAAGAAUGAGAUUAGAAUAUAAGGUCCCCUGACCCCAGACCUUCUAGGGACGGCCCACCCUGAACUUUAGUGAAUUAGCCGAAGAAGAUAGAAUUUGUGGUGUUUUAGAGAACUAGAGUCAUGUCUGCGUAGACUGGGGAAUGGCGGGCUGUCCCUUGUCCCAAGUAGCGGGUGGGUACCAGGCUCCCCUCCACUCGGAGGCAGUGCGCUGUGGAUUCUCUCGGGAGCUCCCCUCUCCCUGGGGAAGCCUGGGGGCCUCCUGGGUUUGUCAUACUCUGUUCAUUUUGACUGAAUAAAAGUCCUGUUGCCAAAGUGAA